GCAUAGUUUGGAGUUUCCUGAAUGUGGUUUCUUGUUUUGCACAAUGUCAGACAAAGUAUAAAGGAAGGGGGGUUGUCAGAGAAGGACUGCAAAGAAGCACAGAUUUUAAAACCAUAAGGAUGAAGACGAUUGUGGUCCUGCUACUAGUGUACAGCUGUUGUCUGUGUGAGGGGCAAGUCAGUGAAAAUGACGGCAAAAUUCAUCAGUGCUCGGGAAGCUCAACAAGCUGCUGUGACAUCUGCUCCCUCACCUCCAUAACUCAAAACCUAGGAGCAAUGGGAGAGAAAGUCGCAAACAUGGCAGAAAAAAUAGCACUCCUGGAGUCUAUGUUGCAAAACGCUGAAAAAGAUAUCCUGGAACUGCGGAGCCUGACUGGAGGAAGUCCUCAGGUGGCCUUUUCUGCAGCUCUCAGGGAAUCUGGCUCUGGAAACAUUGGACCUUUCACCACUGCUACCCCACUGCAGUAUAAGAGGGUCUUCUCCAACACUGGCAACUGCUACAAUCCUUCCACAGGCAUCUUCACAGCAGUGGUCAAAGGAAUGUACUUCUUUCGAUUCUCCAUGUUCAACAACCUCAGUCCCGUUCCCAGUUCUGUUGUGUGCCUCAAGAAGAAUGACGUACUGCUGACAUCUGUUUGGGACACCUCUGGCACUGAUGGCAAUGACAUGGGCAGCAACGCUGCGGUCAUCCCCCUCGAGGUGGGAGACAGUGUGUAUGUGGAGCUCCAGACAAACAGGAUCGUCUAUGAUGAUGGCAUGAACUACAACACCUUCAGUGGUUUUCUUCUCUUCACUACAUAAUUCAAAUGGGAUUUCAGGUCUGCAUGGUUUUUCCUGGUUUUACAGUUAAGGAAAACUUUUUUGUACUGCUAACUGAUCAUUUUAAUUAUUCAUAAAUG